AUGCAAGAAGUGAAAAAUAGACAGGGACCAGAGCAGGAAAACCCGAAACAAGAAGAGAACUCCAUUGUGUCAGAAAUCCUUGCCCAAGAACCCCGUCCAAAAUGCACCAAGGAAUUGGAUAAAAUGGACAAGACCGCCAAGAUUCCAAGAAAAGAAAACCCCAAGUCUAUCCCAUUUCCAAUCCGAAAAUAA